AUGUCCACAUUAAAUAUUCUCACCAAAGGGUUCAAAGAUCUAUUCUUCGCUUCCUCCACAUCAGAAACGCAAUUGAGAGAAGAAGCAGAUACUAUCCAAAACCUAGAGUCGCAUUUACGAGAUCUCACAACCUAUGAUGCAAGUACGAGUGCCGCCAACAAUAAAGCAAUGGUUAGAAAAGAUAUAGAAAAGGGUGUCUGCGAUAACACAGUGGAGUUAGAAAAACUCCGCGAGGCAAAAAAACUAUCUUCACGUGGAAAGAAGGUACUGCUCAAGGCCCUGGUUUUAAUGGAAGAGAACCAGGUUAAAAGAAUCAAUUGUUUAGACCUAAAGAUCAGGGAGCUUAUCACAAGCGGUGAACUGGAUAAGGCUCGGAGAAUCAACGAGAUGAAGAAGGAGUUGAUGUAUUGUGUAGGGCAACUGAAAAUCACUGAGAGGUGGUUGGAAGAUUUGGGAACGGAACUUUCAGAGAAAUCACGUCAGGUUCUUGAAUUACAUAUAAAUUCCGAGGAGCAGACAAUAUUCGGCCGCUUUUCUCCAGAUUGA